CGGUGCAUGCGGCGGGGGUGGCGGAGCGGGUGCAUGUGGUGGGGAAGGCCCUGGGGGAUGAGGCGGAUGCGGCCGGGGGAGGUGGGCAGCAGCAACAGCAGCAGGAGGAGGAGGAGGAGGCAGGAGGCGACGGAGCAGGAGGAGCAGGAGGAGCAGGAGGAGGAGCAGGGCGGUUGCGGCUGGUGGUACCUCGGGACGGAGCGUACUGGGGACUGGCCUCGGUGAAUGGUGUCAACGUGAUGCCCAAGGAAGUCCUGGGGUCCGUGACUGUCCCCGCCACCACGCUCGACCGCUGGGAGGAGUGGGCGCCGCCGGACGUGCUGCCGCAGGACCUGCUGCUGCUCAAGCUGGACAUCGAGGGCUGGGAGGCGCCCGUGCUGCGGGGCGGCUCCCGGCUGCUGUCUCAGCACGGCGAGAAUGUACUGCUGGAGUACUCGCCAGGCAUCUUCGAGCGCCUCAACCACAGCGACCUCGCCCCGCAGGCCGCCCUGCCCGCCUCCCUGCUCUCCCUCGCCCGCGCCGGCUUCUCCAUGGCGCACCUGCCGCUGUUCGCCUUCGCGGCUCCCUGGCCGCCGCGACCCAUCGACCCCGCGGAGCCGCUGCCGGUGCUGGAAGAGGUGACGGCGGCGGCGCUGGGACAUGACCUGGAGGCCAUUGAGUUCCGAAAGGCCAUGGCCAGUUCCUCCCCCGACACCUGCCCCGUACCUCCCGAGCUGCCCCAGCGCUUCCCCGUGUGGCACUCCUGCCGCCACGAAUGGACCUACACCACCCACCCGCAGGGAUUCCGGUCGGCAUUCGGCUUCAACACCAACGUGUGGGCUGCGCGGCGGGGCAGUCAGGCGGCGCGACAGCACAUGCGGCUGGCCGGGGUGGCGGCGCUGUUUGAUGAGGCACAAGACAUGCGGGUGUGGACCUCCCAGUCCCGCCCCGGCACCGCCAUGGGCCUCAUCAACUGCAGCCAGGUGGGGUCGGGGCACCUGCAGCUGUUCCGGUGCCCCUGUCCGCCCGGGGCGCCAGCGGGCUGUGCGGAGGAGCAGCAGAUGGUGGCGAAGCUGGCGGCGGAGGGCAAGAUGCCCUUCACGGCUGGUGUGAAGGGGAGUUAAUGUGAGAAUGUGAAGAGGG